UAAAAAAAUAAAAUUUUAUGAGCAAUACAAAUGCAGGCUUAUCCUGUGCCCUUUACCACUUAUUUGUUGCCAGAUGGUAUAUUCAUAUAUUUGCAACUUACUUACUUAUUAUCUGGUCCAUAGCUUCUAUAACUUUUAAAUCUUGGGCAUUCUAAAGCAUAAAAAUCGUAAGAUUGCGCCAUCCAUCAAGCUACGACAAGCUAAACCUACUAGCACACUAUUUAUGUCAUAAACCCUAUAACCCUUAAGCUAAGCUAAAGCUUCUAAACCAAUGUAAAUCGUGACACAAAAUCCCCAGACGAGUCAAUAAACUCCAUGAUAAAAUUCAUGAAUGUGUUUACGUCAUAAACUGUGAAUUAUCGCGGGAUGAUGUGCGCGUCUGCGUCCGUGUGACAUUUUUAUUGUAUAUUUGCGCGCCUUAUUGUGCAAAUCAAUUGAUCGCGGCGUCACGUGCGACUGUGAUGGCACACCGGUGUCUUGUGCUUUUUGCUGUGAUUGUGCAGUCAGCUCUGAGCGUCAGGAUCAACUUCACCAGUUGUCAGGACCCAGAGUGGACUUGUGUCAAUAAUUUGCCGAAUGAAUUGGUGUACAGCUGUGCUGGUGUGACUGGCAAUGAAUUUAUAAUACAUCUAAAGGAUUACUAUACAGACCACAUAACAAGCGUGACCGUACAGAACUGCAAUGAUCUGCGAGUCGUGCUCGACUGUCCGAUACUGCAGCGAGCCUCUCAACUACAACGGUUUAAAGUGAAAGACUGCGACAGACUGGAAUUCGUCUCGCUGUCCGCAACCUCUUUGCUACAAACCCCACCCGAAGUUACCAUAGAUAAUGUCAAAGCAAUCAUCUCACUACCAAGGAGGAUGUUCAAAUCUCCGACAACAUUAACAGAACUAAAGUGCCUAGGAGCUCCAAAACUAAAAAGUAUUCGAAUCUCAAACAGUAAAAUAAACACGAUUAGCACUAAAGCGAUACAUAACGUGACCGGUAUAAAAAACAUUGAAUUUGAUAACGUUACAAUAACAGACGUACGUAAUCAAGCCGUAGAGGCUAUUAUGAGCUCUGACUCAAUGUUUACUAUCACUAACACCCUGAUCGAGAACUUUGAAUCUAAAGGUAUCACUGUGCAGGGCACUUCAGUCACUAUAUCGGAAAAUACCUUUGAAGAUAUAAAAGGCGGAGCCUUGAACGUAACUGCAGAUAACUUACACGUCACCGGCAAUAAAUUCAAAGAAAUCAACGCAAAUGGAUUCGUAUUUAAAUCUGUCAACACGGACAUAACUCAGAAUGAGUUCAGUAAACUAAAAGCCAAUGCUUUCAACGGCAUUAAGUGUCAAAGGAAAAGGAACAAUAAAAAGCAUUUUACUUUCACGCAGAAUAGGAUUAUAAGCCUUGAGCCACACGGUAUAACAUUCGACUAUGCCAGUUGUAAAUCUGCCGGAACCGCAGUUACCUUCAGUGGCAACAAAAUAGAUUGCAAAUGUCGGAACAUUGCAUUCUUGAAAACAUCAACAACGAAUACGGAACUACACAACAUAAUUUUGGACAACUCUAAUAACAAUACUUGUUUAUCAGCGCCCUGUACCCUGCCGGUUGACAUUGUGAAGAUACUGAUUGACAGUGACAUGUGUCAGCUGACACUGGACCCACAAGUGAUGUGUUUAUUGUACAGUGAUAAACAUAAUCAAGAAGUGACUACUGAUGAGGAUGUAACUGAACCGGCCCCAACAUUUUACUUAAUACGUCAGGCUAAUUCCCCGCGCGGGGACGCGAGUGCUGCAAUGACAGCCCUAGACAAAGAUGACCUACUCAAAGACACUCAUUUGAACAUGACUAACAGAACUGCUAUCAAAGUAGUCUUCGAUUCAUCGAAGGAUUUCGUCGAAACGUUAAGGAGUACGAGUACGUCACACAAAAGGCCUGCGGAAGAACCGAAAUCUCCCCCCGAAGAGUAUGUGAACCGGUGUGUCGGUGCCCAGUGCAGGAACAAUGUCGCGUACGAUCGGCAAAAAGCGUUAGACUUCUACAAGUAUGUGUACGCACAGUUGCGGCCCCCGAGGCCUACGGACAAUAAAAAAAAGAAAACCUGAUUUUUGUUACUUAUUAUAUUGAUUAAAUAAUAUUAUAUUAAUUUUGAAUUUGAUUAACUGCCAUCCAGAUUUUAACGAAACAUUAUCUUUACGGAGAUUCACACCUUGCGUAUUUACUCAUAAUUUGUAGACCUCUGUCAAAACUUUGUCCCAAAAUUAAUCAGUCUUCGUUGAAGACCAAGUGUUGCUUAUAAAUUUCAUUCAAUAUCCACUCGAUAUUUUACAAAAAUAAUAUACAUACACUUAUUUAGAACUACUUCUUGGCAUCCGAGUUCUAGUCUUAAAACUUAUUAAGGUCGCAUCCGAGACCUUAAUAAGUGUUAAGACUUGAAAAUUAAUGCCUAGCUUAAAUGUCUGAGUCAUUCUCUGCAAUCUCUGCCAACCAUUCUAUAGUUGAUUUGUGCAGGAGAUAACAAGUUAUCGACGGUAAAAUGUGUUACGAGCUAAAUACAACCAAAACAAGUGCCUAGUCUGACGUACCUUG